UUUGUAGUUCUUGUGCUGUUGACCUGUCAGCGUUGUAGUACAAGCUGUCACUGCCCGUCAUUUCUCUGUCCCUCCGGUCGCUAUUACCGGUCGGACGAGCCGCUUUGCUCGGUUUAUCUGUUCUCCAUAACCGUGCAGCUGAUAGCUAAAGUUAGCGAACAGUUCCUACAAGUUGACAGCUCCGUAGCUUGUAGUCCACGGUAGUUAGCAGCGAGCUAACUAGCCUGCCGGUAUUAAGAAGCCAAGGAGCUGCGUCUUUCAACCGAGUGAACGAUGGAAGCACAAAGCUCCAGUGGGCUGAUCCUGUCCAGAAAAAGAAGAAGAGACGGCUCAAAUGGGGAGGCGGAGGAGUGUGAUAGGCUCGGGAAAAUUCCCAGAUGUACAGUGGGUCUGAAACACCCUGCACCUUUUGCAGACGAGCUCAUCCCGGCGAACAGUAAACCAUACCAGAGAGUCAGCAUGGAGGAGGCCAAAAGAGGAACACAACCUGACAGACCCGUGCGGGUGUACGCCGACGGAAUCUUUGAUGUCUUCCACUCGGGACACGCCAGAGCUCUCAUGCAGGCAAAAUGCCUGUUCCCCAACACACACCUUAUCGUGGGAGUGUGCAGCGAUGACCUCACCCACAAGUACAAGGGCUUCACCGUCAUGAACGAGGACGAGCGCUAUGACGCCGUCACGCACUGUCGUUACGUGGACGAAGUGGUGCGGAACGCUCCCUGGACGCUGACGCCGGAGUUCCUCGCUAAGCACCGCAUCGACUUCGUGGCUCACGACGACAUCCCGUAUUCCUCGGCAGGAAGUGACGACGUCUACCAGCACAUCAAGGAAGCCGGAAUGUUUGCACCCACCCAGAGGACGGAGGGCAUCUCCACCUCUGACAUCAUCACGCGCAUCGUCCGCGACUACGACGUCUACGUCCGGCGCAACCUGCAGAGAGGCUACACGGCCAAGGAGCUCAACGUCAGCUUCAUCAACGAGAAGAAGUAUCACCUGCAGGAGCGCGUGGACAAGGUGAAGAGGAAGGUGAGAGACGUGGAGGAGAAGAGCAAAGAGUUUGUCCAGAAGGUGGAGGAGAAGAGCAUCGACCUCAUUCAGAAGUGGGAGGAGAAGUCCAGAGAGUUCAUCGGCAACUUCCUGCAGAUGUUCGGUCCUGAGGGAGCUUUGAAACACAUGCUGAAGGAAGGGAAGGGAAGGAUGCUGCAGGCCAUCAGCCCCAGACAGAGUCCGAACAGCAGCCCCACCCGCGAGGAGCGCUCCCCCUCACCCACCUUCCGCCUGCCCUUCUUCACCAGCAAGACCUCCCCUCCUCCGUCGCCUCCGUCCCACCACAGCGGGGCACGCGGGUAUCUCAUCAGCGAGGACGACGAUGAAGACGACGAAGACUAGACUUCCACCAGGGCUCAUCUCCUCUGUGGUUUUAUUUUAACAGUUAGCUCCUCCGAGUCACAACAAAACCCACCCCCCUCUUCUCUGAGCAGUCCGCAGUCCUUUUAGCUUUAUAGUCCAUCACUUUGUUUUAAGAGUUGAUCCACUCUCCAGUGGUGUUGUUACAGGUGGCUGCGGGUUUCUGGUCGUGAUUCAGCAGCGGGACUUUUGGGUUCCUGCUGGCUCAGAGCGUGAAAUAAUUCCAGGAAGCUUCAGGUCAAACAAAAUCUGCCGGGUUUUUUUUGUUCUUUGCUUUGAAAUCCAGACGCAACUUCAGACCGACUUCAAAUCUGAGCUGCGAGCGAGAGCAAAUGUUUGUCCACCUGAGCCUGACUGUGUGACUGUGUGAUUGUGUGUGUGUGUGUGCAUGUGAUGUUGAUGCGUGCAAGCAGCAUGUUUGUCAAGUCUUCCGUCUCCUGACAGGUUGGAGUUUCUGUGCACAGAAUUAUAAAUGUUUUUGUGGUCUGACGUGGCACCCUCACACAGAGGUGUUAAAAACGUAGAGAGAAACACUUAUUUUUUUAGUGAAGCUGUUUUGUGUGCUCAAAUGAAUCAAAGCAGAGUCCACACAAGCGGUUUGGUCACUUUGAUCUUGAUGUGAAACUUACAUCAGAGCACAAAAAUGGCACUUAAACAAGGAUAUAUUUCCUUAUAGCCCAUUGUUAUCUUGACUGAGCAGAAUGUGCCAGUCAUUGUCCAUGUCUGGGGAGUCUUUGUUUCCAGCAGUGUCGACACGUGACCUGGUCAAAUAUUUGACAUUCUUCCAGCCAACCUCCUGGGAAUGUUCAGUGUUUCCUUUACAAACAGACAAUUGAACACCAACACGAUUAAUGAGCCGCACCAAACCAGCCCCAGACUAUCAAUCUAGAAGUUACCAAAACUAAUACGGUGAAUUGAUUUCGGCUCUGCUUUCGUUGCCUUGAUUCUCGUGGAAUCUCUUCUUUCAGGAUGGAAUAGCAUCGUGGGCCACAACUACGAAUCAAAUGUAAAUGUUCUUUUCAGUGUUUUGGUCUUGUGAUAUUUUUACUUGGCUUUAUGUUGUUGUUUUAUGGAUGUAGACGGAGAAUUGUAUUAACCUGAUCCAAAUAAAUUCUUGAACUGACUGAUAUGCUUAGACUAGUGCAACAGCUGGUUAUUACAUCUCACUGGUGGAUGGGUGAAGAAAGGAAACACGACUUCUGCUUUGGAUGUGUUUUCACAACUGAGGGGAUGGAGAGUGAACCAUGUGAACAUAAAGAACUGUGUGGAUUAAAAUGCA